AUGCCAAAAAUUGUGCGCACCGUCAGGAUGGCGUUUGCUGGAACAAAUGUCAGUUUGUCCCAGCCGGAUAUAACGCAAAAACUGACGGAGCGCAUAGAUGAUCUGAAGCAAAGAAUCGCUGCUUGGGGAAAGCGGAUUCGGCGAUAUACCGAGAGGUCGACACGGUUCAACCAGAAUCGUCUCUUCCAGAGUGAUCAGAAGAGGCUCUAUGCAUCAUUGGAGCGACCAAUAGUAAGUGGAACGGGCCCAGCAGCGAAUCAGGCCGACACUGUAGCAAUCUGGCGCGGCCUGUGGUCAGAGCCCGUAAAACACAGCGAGGGCCCUUGGACGGAAGUUGUGGCGAGUCAGUGUGCGGGUAUUACGCCCAUGGACCCCGUCAUCAUAACACCGGAUGACGUAGCUGAGGCGAUCCGUAGGGCCCCGAACUGGAAAAGUCCGGGGCUUGACGGGCUGCAUCAUUACUGGCUGAAGAGGUUCAUGUCAUUCAGCAUCCUGCCAAGAGGUGUGAGCGCCGUGCCUAGGCAAAAUUGUGAGUGCAAAGGUCCGUUUGUGCAUAUGACCCAACCACGAAACGGUGCCGGGCUUGGGCGUCUCCCGUUAUUUGGCACCCAUAAAAUGGAUGAUGGCACAGAAAGGAACGCGCAUAGGGCCGCUGCCUGGGGGUCGCCGGGGCGCGUCUGGAGCUGGCGCUGGACGCGGCAGCAUGCGGGCGCCAGCCAUGCGCGAGGAGCUGCACGAUCACCUAACAGCCCCUCGCAUCCAUCAUCCCCACCAGAAGGCUUGGUGUCGGCUGGGUCUUCUCGGACUCAGCAAGCGACACCCGCCGCUAGUGGAGCACGUCGCAUGCGUUGGACAAAAUCUAUGAACGAAAACGCAUUGUGGGCGUACAAUAGGGCGAAAGGGGAAGAAACUGUGGGAAUAGCGUAUAGGGCUCGGAUGCAGUGCUUCUUUGCUGAGCUGGAGCCUUCUAUCCCCGUCACGGAACAAAACCUGGCAGACCGAGUUCGCUACAUCAUGCGCUCGAAAAUAUUUGUUGAUGCCGAACUCGAACGACGUGAGGCUAUUCCAUCGUCGAAUGAAUCGGCUAUGGCUGGAGAUGCAGCUCCACAUCCGACAGACCAGCAUCCACACGUGGAAGCCGCCAUGGAUCUUCCAAUUGUGGUUGAUUCGAACGACGAUGAAAUAGUCUCCCACGAACUAAAGCAAAUGAGGAGUAUAUUGGAAGAGGCGAUUUUGGAAACGCGCAGCACCCCUCUCGAAAAUCGACCGCGACUUCCCCGCAUACCCCUAAGCAAGCGAAAUCGGGCUGUUGUGAGGGCUCUUAACCCAAUGCUGGUGACAUUUGGAAGCCAGCCGGUACCUUUGCGAGACGGACUCAAUUCUCUUUGGCGCCGCAGUGACUUCCCAUGGCUGGACGCGCUACUAAACAAAGUAGCGCCAUCCCAGCCUGGAGAAAAAGAAUCGAGGACCGUAUCGCAAAGGCAAGGGCCCUUAUCGGCAGACUGA